AUGGGCUGGGCUUUCUAUAAUGUCCCUUGCUCUGACACUAACACAUCACUUCACCCUUUCUCUUUGGCGAAAGGCCUCGUAACCAGUGGUCGCAACACAUGCACACCAUACCACUCUUCAACGGUCAAGAUUCCUUUCGUGGCUAUCCUUCGAACCAAUCUCCACCAGGAGAUGAAUUAUUUCCCGGACGAGGUCAUCGAGCACAUUUUCGACUCCAUAGCUUCUCACAGAGACAGGAACUCGAUAUCUCUGGUCUCCAAGUCGUGGCACAAGAUCGAGAGGUGCUGCAGGCGGAGAGUCUUCAUCGGGAACUGCUACGCCAUCAGCCCGGAGAGGCUAAUCGGGAGGUUCCCGUGCCUGAAGUCGCUGACCCUGAAAGGCAAACCUCAUUUCGCCGACUUCAACUUGGUUCCUCACGAGUGGGGAGGUUUCGUUCACCCUUGGAUCGAUGCUUUAGCCAGAGCACGUGUCGGGCUCGAGGAGCUCAGGCUUAAGCGGAUGGUCGUCUCUGACGAAAGCCUUGAGCUGCUCUCGCGUUCCUUUGCGAAUUUCAAGUCGCUGGUGCUUGUUAGCUGCGAAGGGUUCACCACCGAUGGCCUUGCCUCCAUUGCCGCCAAUUGCAGGCAUCUUCGUGAGCUGGACCUGCAAGAGAAUGAAAUUGAUGAUCACAGAGGUCAAUGGCUCAACUGUUUUCCGGACAGCUGCACCACUCUUACCUCGUUGAACUUCGCCUGUCUUAAAGGAGAAACCAACCUCUCUGCUCUAGAGAGGCUCGUCGCGAGGUCACCAAGCCUCAAGAGCUUGAAAGUGAACCGUGCGGUGCCGCUCGAUGCGCUCACGAGGUUGAUGAGCUGCGCGCCUCAGCUUGUGGACUUGGGAGUAGGGUCCUAUGAGAACGAGCCAGACACUGAAUCUUUCGCGAAGCUAUUGGCUGCCAUUAAGAAAUGCACAUCGUUAAGGAGCUUGUCGGGCUUUUCUGAGGUUGCUCCACUCUGCCUCACUGCGUUUUACCCGAUAUGCCAAAACCUUACCUACUUGAAUCUCAGCUACGCAGCCGAGAUCCAUGGCAACCACCUCGUUAAGUUUAUUCAGUUUUGCAAGAGACUUCAACGGUUAUGGAUAUUGGAUAGUAUUGGUGACAAAGGACUUGAGGUCGUCGCUUCAGCAUGUAAGGAGUUGCAAGAGCUGAGAGUUUUCCCCUCUGAUUUACACGACGAAGAAGACAACAACGCAGCUGUGACUGAGGUCGGGCUAGUCGCGAUAUCCGCGGGCUGCCGUAAACUUCAUUCGAUUCUCUACUUCUGCAAACAAAUGACAAACGCGGCGCUCAUAACCGUCGCUAAAAACUGCCCAAACUUCAUCCGGUUCAGGCUAUGCAUCCUCGAGCCGAACAAACCGGACCACGUCACGUCUCAGUCACUAGACGAAGGCUUUGGUGCGGUCGUGCAAGCCUGCAAGGGUCUAAGACGGCUCUCUGUCUCGGGUCUCUUAACCGACAAAGUCUUCCUCUACAUCGGUAUGUACGCGGAGCAGCUCGAGAUGCUUUCGAUAGCUUUUGCCGGGGACACGGACAAAGGGAUGCUCUAUGUGCUGAAUGGAUGCAAAAAGCUGAGGAAGCUGGAGAUUAGGGACAGUCCGUUUGGGAACGCGGCGCUUCUUGCUGACGUGGACAAGUACGAAACAAUGCGAUCCCUUUGGAUGUCGUCUUGUGACGUAACGCUCGGUGGCUGCAAGAGGCUCGCGCGGGAUGCGCCGUGGCUCAACGUGGAGAUCAUCAACGAGAAUGAGGAUAAUGGGAUGGAGCGGAAUGAAGAAGAUGAAAGAGAGAAGGUUGAUAGACUUUACCUCUACCGAACUGUGGUUGGGACUAGAAACGACGCGCCGUCAUGUGUUACGAUUCUUUAG